GCUGCCAUGGCUUCAGUACCCUCCGCCGGCUGCCUCCUGGCCAAGAACCAGUACUACAGAACAAGACAGAACUCGGAAUCCAGUGUUUCUUCCAGCUCGUCCUGUUGUUCGGAUGCUGUGAACAUUGCAGACCAGGACAAAGCAUUUCAUGGGUUACCUGAAUUAAUUGAUAAAUGUUGGUGGAUAAAAAGCUUUUUCCAUAGUGAACCAUCUCCACCAACUGUUGGCAGAAAAACACUAUCAGCAAGCAGUGCCAACAGUUGAAUAGGACAGCAUGCUGACUUCACUGACUGAGAUGCUACGUACAGACUUGUUUUUCCAAGAGGCUUGGGAUCUUCCUAAUGUCUGGGUUCAGCUGCAAGAAGAAAACAAAACCUUUAGGAGAGUGGAAAAGUGCGUUUUCAAAAUAUUUGUCAGUAGCUUAAAUGAUAUUGCUUAAUGGACGUGUCCAUGGCCUACCUUGUUCAUUAGAGUUGCUAUAACUUGAGAUGUCUCUCUAAUGGAAGUUACCUGGAUUAAAUAUGCUGGUGACUUACUUAGAUAGUUAGAGAAAAAUGGCAGUAAAAGUAAGAUAUUGUAGGUUUAGGAGAAACGUGUAUUGAAUGACUUUGCAAUAGGUGAUACUGUUGAGUUUUACCUUUAAGAUACCAGCUCUAUAGGCAGUCACACUGAUGUAAACAAGAUUCAGACAUAUAGUCCAGAGUAGGACUGCUCUAUGGUACAUAUUUUCUAUCAAGUAUUUGUGUACCAGUUUCAGGGAGUAAGUUUACAAGAAUGCUUGUUAAUAGCUUUGCUUUUAGAAAGCCUAAUUACAUGAAGAAACAGUAAUUAGUUUGGUCUCUGUUUGAGCAGGGUGCAUAGAUCCCAACCUCAAAUACCCAGGUACAACUUUCAUUUAUGUCUACACUUGUUGGUAUUUGAGGACAGAAUAGAAGAGAGACAAGAAACCAAUAAUCCUAAUGGACACUGACAUCUUCCAAGUAGAAGAGCAGCCUUAGUCAUAGUUGAUACUCCUAGCUCUGUUUUAGAUUACUCUCACCUGCUUUGCUGUAGCUUAAAGAGCUACUUGUUCCCAAGUGACUAAUCCUGUCAAUAUUCACUGCUGUCUGUCAGCUUAGUUAUGUGCUAUGUCUGGCAAAGUGUUUGACUCAAAGUAGUCAGCUUAAUGUUAUUAACCAAGUGUACCUUUGUCAUGAUUUGUGCUCUUGAAAGAUACUGUAACAUAGCUUCACUUGGUCUUCAGCAUUGCAAAGCAGCACACCAGAUUGUUUAUUCUAUCGGGUAUGACUGAAAUGCAUCAGAGGUCAUAGAAAAUAACAAGUAUUUGGCUGGAUGAUAUAAUUUCUGUAAAUUAUAUACAACUUUUUGAUGUGCUAUCCCUAAACCUACCUGACCUUUGUCCAUCGCUGGAUGAACUAGCAAUAGCAAACAUUAAUGUAGCCAAUACUUUUCAUUAUAGGUUAAUGGUUGUCAUGGUUAUGCAUAACUCCAAAGUGUAUCAAGUGACUACUUCAGGAAGCUUGCAGUUUUGGUGGAGACAAUAAAUGUGUGGCACAUGACAAUAGAAAAGAACACAAUUCUGAAAACAGUUUCAGGAAUCUUUAAAUUGACUUGUUAUGUAUCUUACUUUACUGCUAUUGUGUAGUUUCAUCUUUGUCCUUUCUCUGUGUAUACAGAAUGAACUAUUUUUUAUACUAAGAUUUUUUUAUUAAUAAAGAUAUAAUCAGUA